AAAUUAAAUAACAAAACCACUUAAAUAAAGAUAUCAAACUAUACGUGGAUCUCAGUACAAGUAUUUGUGUUAGUGCCCAUUGAAUUUAAUAAAUUUAUUUACAAUUUCUUAUGUGCAAAAUAUGAAUUUUUUUAAUUGUUGCUUUGCAUUAAUCGUUAUUUUAAUUCAAUUACUACCAUCAAAUGUAUUAUUAUUGAUAUUAAGUGAGCAAGAAAAAAUUAAAAUUCUUAAUGAAAAACUUGAGAAUGUAGAUGCAUGGGAAAAUCUCAAGAGUAUAAAAGUUAAACAUGGAAAAGGCAAUACCAUGAAAAUUUUCACAGUUAAUGAUAUCUUUGAUAAUAUCGAAUAUAUAAAAUAUGUGGAUCAGAAUAUUACACAAUUAGUUGAAAUUCCUUACGAACAACAUUCGUCAAAAUAUUUGCAUGUUAAUUCGUUUAAUUAUGAAAAUAAGGUAAACUUGAUUUUUGAAUUCAUAAAGUGUAAGUGUUGGGAACAAAUUAAGUUAACUAAUCGACUUUUGUCUUACAUGACAAAUGAUUAUAAGAUAAUCUAUCAAGAUAAAAAAAUAACGCAAGACAAAAGAAUAGAAAUAAAAAAUUUGCUUCUUAAGAAAAUCGUGGAAUAUAAAGAAUUAGUACGUGAACUUUAUAAUUCUGCAUGUUUUUUUAAAAGUUUGUUGCCUGAAGGUAAUAAUGAAAUAAGUGCUACAGACCAAUUUUUUUCGAAAUUAUCAUCUAUAAUUAAUAUGCCAUUACCAGAAGGUGAUAAAUUUGCAAUUAAUUUUAAUAAAAUAUUAAAAAAAUCAUUUUCGGAAAUAUCAAAUAUUUCGAGGAAUAUAUGUGUUUAUUCAAACAAACUUACUCUGGAACAAUCGUAUUACAAACAUUACAAUGUAAUUAGAGCUAAUACUCAAUGUAAGGAAAGCUUUGCAGAAUUUAUGAGUACAUACUUUGAUUUUUUUGUAAAAGAAACUUAUAAUUUGUUUUCAAAAUUAUCAUUAAAUGAAAAAUUAGAAUAACACAUAAGAUUGAAUUAUCAAUUAUUUACAUUUAAAACUAUUUUUACACUUCAAUAUGUAUUUUAGUCUUUUGUGUGAUAAGUCAAUAGUUGUUUUAAAAAAAAAAUGACUUAAAAUGAAAAAUGAAUUUAAAAAAUGCUCAAAAAUAAUUAAAUCGAGAAAUAUAUGAAGCUUAAAAUUGUCAAAUCAAGUUUUAUAAUAGUUAUUAUUG